AGCUGAGACAAGCACAAAUCAGGAGCUUUUACGGCCCAACGUCAACGUUCACCCUCAGCCGGGGGAGGUUUCAGUUCAAGUUGGGGAAACUACGAGGAGGCAGGAGCCAAGCACAGAUUGGAUCAGCCCAUCAACAGCUGGAGUGGGCGGGGCGAUGACCAUAUAUGGUGUUUUGUUUAAAGCAGCCGUCAUGGGGAAUAUCCACACUGUUGGGCCAAAUGAAGCCCUCAUAGUUUCAGGAGGGUGGUGCGGCUCCCAACAGAAGCGGACCAUCGUCGGCGGCUGGGCCUGGGCCUGGUGGGCCGUCACCGACGUCCAGUCACUCAGCCUCGAGACGAUGACGCUGAACCCGAUGUGUGAGCGCGUGGAGACGGCGCAGGGCGUGCCGCUCACCGUCAACGCCGUGGCCCAGUGCAAGAUCAUCAAACAGGACGACAUCCUGAAGACGGCCUCCGAACAGUUCCUCGGAAAGUCGGUGGAGGACAUCGAGCUUACCAUACUGCAGACGCUCGAGGGACACCUGCGGGCCAUCCUCGGAACGCUGACCGUGGAGGAGAUAUUCAAGGACCGGGACCAGUUCGCCGCCCUGGUGCGCGAGGUGGCCGCCCCGGACGUCGGACGCAUGGGUGUGGAGAUCCUCAGUUUCACCAUCAAGGACGUGUACGACUCGGUGGAGUACCUCUCGUCGCUGGGUCGCACGCAGACGGCCGCCGUCAAGAGAGACGCCAACACCGGCGUGGCCAUGGCGCAGCGGGAUGCCGGCAUCCGGGAGGCCGAGUGCGAGCGCGCCGCCAUGGACGUCAAGUACAGUACCGACACCAAGAUCGAGGACAACACCAAGGCGUUCAAGCUGCAGAAGGCCCAGUUCGACCGGGAGGUCAACACGGCGAGGGCAGAGGCACAGCUCGCCUACGAACUGCAGGAGGCGAAAGAGAAGCAGAGAAUUCGAAACGAGGAGAUCUCCAUCGACAUCAUCGAAAGGAAAAAGCAGAUUCAGGUGGAGGAGAAGGAGAUUCAGCGUAAGGAGAAGGAGCUCACCGGCACCGUCAAGCUGCCCGCCGAGGCCGAGAGCUACAAACUGGAGGCGCUCGCAGAGGGUAAACGGUACCAGACGGUCGAGCUGGCCAAGGCCGAGGCGGAGACGAUUCGGCUGAUUGGCACUGCCGAGGCGGUCGGCAUCGAGGCGGUCGGGCGCGCCGACGCCGAGCGGAUGCGCAUGAAGGCGGCAGCGUACCGUCAGUAUGGCGACGCCGCCAUGGCGGCCAUGGUGCUGGAGGCGCUGCCCAAGAUUGCCGCCGAGAUCUCCGCGCCGCUCUCCAAGGUGGACGAAAUGGUGCUUCUGGGUGGCGAGGACAAGAUCACAUCGGAGCUGACACGGCUGGUCGGCCAGGUGCCGCCGGCGCUGAACGCCCUCACCGGCGUCGACCUCUCAAAGGUGCUGUCCAAGGUGCCGGGAGCGGAGGUGAAGUAAUCCGCUCCGACCGAGCAGCUCGGGCCGCCGCUGCCGCGCCGCCCUGGGGCCGGCAGCCGCGGCCGUCCUACCUCGGAUGGCGUAUGUCGACCGGGUGCUGUGCCGCCGCCGGGCGCCACGCAGCACGCGAAUCUCAUCCCUCAGCCUUGCCAAACCUAUCCCGCACCCGGGGGGGGGGGGGGGGCAGAAGCUUCCCCAUGCCCGUCCAUCGACGUCAAACAUAAGUACCUUGUCACACGUCGUUUUGACAUAUUCCUUUAAAAUUUUAACAAAAUCCGCCACAAAGUUUCUGAGAAAAUGAUGUUUUAGUGACGUCAAGUCACGCCGUUUUCGCUUCAAGGGCUGCAAAAAUUCAAACGACUUUAACACCUUCAAUUCUUAAUCACGAGGUAAAAAGAAUGUACGUGAUUUUACUAGAGGUAAAAAGAAUGCACGUGAUUUACUAGAGUUAAGAAGAAUGUACGUGAUUUUACUUUUUCAUUCAAUUGAAUGAAAUAAUGUUGUUAAAUUUCAAACUUUGAAAAUGUUCAAAAACCUAUUUCUUAGGAAAAGACCGCUAUAAAAUAAAAAUUUUGAAUUUAACGAAAGUUCAACUUCGAGAAGUAGGUACGGUCUGCGGCCUGCGCACCUAUAUUCCAAUUUUUAGAAGAUUUGGUUAAUUUUUUCGGAUUUCAGUAACGUCACGACGCACAAAAUUUUCAAAAACAAAUUUUAGGGACUUGCCUAAGUGCAGGAAUAAAAUGACAGUAUCGGAUUCGAUGUGAAAACUGCACCAGAUUGAUGCGUUUUUGGUCUCAAAAUCAACUAAAUAAUUUGGCCUCAAUUGACCUGACAUGGAAAUGAACUUCAUGCACAUAUGGUCAAUUUUACUAAUUAAGUAUGCCCAAUGCCCAUUGAGUUAUAUGCGUAAAACGACCCGGGAAGCAUGUGCUGCACAUAUCCUAUUCUAUAGUUCGUCUUUGGUGACUUGACCUGACCUUCACCUUAGCAAACAUUGUAUGCAAUGCUCAUGCAUUAUGGUUAAGAACGUAUUUUGGGUGACGAAUCUCAGUAAAUUCUUCGCCAACUGGGCUCCAAAGCUGGUACUGUAGAAACUCAGUAUUUUUUACCCUCGACCUGACCUGUGACUAACUUGGGCAGAACAAUUUGUUCUCAACUGUCAGACUUGUUGAGAGCUUUCAAUGGCCGUUUCACCCGCCUUUCUGAGACCAUCCUUUCGGAACAGCCCCCUCCCCCCCCCGCCCGUGGGCGCGCUAUGGGUGAAUAGUCGAGCGAGCGCGGGAUAAAAGGCAUUCUGGACCAUUCUGCAGCACAUAUAUGUGUAUCAACCUUGCCUUUGCUCGUUUAACGGUUUAAUCGAAUCCGCCACGAUAGAUCAGUUUACUAACGCUCAUUACGGGGUUUAGUAUAGGAGUCGCUUACCAGUAGAUUACCAGACAUGACAUAGCUAAUCGCACAAUAUUGCUGCCAUCGCCCCUUUUCAGUUAGUUGCGACGUCUCAACUCGCCUCCUGAAGUUGGUUUCGCACGCUAUUGUUCGGAAAACACCAUUCUUCUGCCGACUGUGAAGGCCAGCUGACUGCCGUACGUGCUAUGUAGUAGCUGCCCCGUCGCGCGCCGUGUGGGCGGGGUGCUACUUCAGUACACUCAGCGCGGCGUGCGGAGGGGUGUGUGCGCGCUGCCGGGAGUGCCUGCCGCCGCGCCGUGCCGCGCCGUGCCGUGUCGUGCCGUCCUGUUCCGUGUAGUCAGCCGGGGAGCGCGCGCCGUCGGGCCCUUGGUCAGUCACCAGAUCUGGCACACCUGGCCGGACGCUGCGCGCCCGUGUCGCCGGUCAUUUUAUCCCACCGCGAACGUGUUGAGCGGCUGGGCUCCUGGCCCGCCGAGUGAGCGGCUCAUGCUCUGCCGAGUGUACUAAACAAAUCCUAUAGCCAGGAUGGGAAUUUUCCAGUCUGUCUGUCGCCUUUAUCGGCAGCCCAGCUGUCUGGAAUGGAAGCACGCUUACGCAUGUUGACAUUAUCUUAGUUCUAGACUUGUGUAUUGCUGCGUAGGCCGCAGUGUACAUUUGACUGCAGAAUUGGAAUGAAGUACCACUUUCCACAGUCAAUCAGUUGUCCGGAGUGGUAGUCUGUGCCCCACGGGCAGAGUUCACAGUGACCCAGCUCUCAGCUUAAUUGCGUGAUGAACGGCACAGACAAGCGCUCCAGUCAACUGAUGGCUUCUGAAGAGUGGAACAUCUUUCUGUACCUAUCGACACCUUUUUUUAAACCCCACAUCUGCUCUCCCGUGAAUUUCCGGGAGGCACGAAAGAUCUCCUUUUAAAAGUGUCCAAUCGUCCGAUCCUGAUCAAAUAUGUGUGUUCGUAGGCUUGUUCUGGUAUUGCUUUAUCUGCCAAGACAGACAAACUUGAGAAAAAUCGAUUGAUUGUACCUUUUUUGAAGGUCUCUAACCAACUUGUCUGAAAUUCACCGGAGAACAAAUGUGGGGUUUAAAAAAAGGUGUCGAUAUAUAGUCAACCGUACAUAUGUUCUGGCGCCAAUGUUUUGCAUGUGUUGCAUGUGUUGCAUGUGCUGACUGCUGUUUUCGGGCAAGUAGCGGGCCUUUGCGGCGGAUGUCUGCGGGCGGCCAGGUUCGGCGCGCCGACGCGGGGGCGCGGCCCGGCCGCCAGACAUUGUUCGGUGGCUUGUCAAUGUGUGCUGGGAUUGUUUAGUGGCUUGGCAGUGCGUGCUUGGCCGGCGGCUAGUCAAUACAAAGCGUCUGGGCCGCCGCUCGGUGGCCGGCCGGCGUAUAUGUAUACCAAUCGACAGGGAAUAUGAAAGGUGAAGUGCCUGGGUGUGGUGAAUAAUGACUAGUUUUGGUCGAG